GCGGGAGCGGGGCGUGGCCUCUCAGUUAUGGGCGUGGUCUCUCGUUGUGGGCGUGGUCUCUCGGGGUGUGGCCUGUGGCGCGGGCGCGGCCCCGCCGUGCCGCCCCGGCCGCGAUGGCGGCGCAGGGCGGCGGCCACGGUGACGGCGGCGGAGCGGGACGGGCGCUGCCGCCGCACUCGCCCUCGGGCGCGGUGCUGCAGACGGUGGAGAUGCACACGGGCGGCGAGCCGCUGCGCAUCAUCCCGCGGCUGGAGGCGGCGGAGCAGGCGGCGGCGGCGGGGCUGUCGCUGCUGUCGCUGCGGCGGGAGGUGGCGGCCGGGCACGACCACGUGCGGCGGGCGCUGAUGCACGAGCCGCGCGGCCACGCCGGCAUGUACGGGGCCGUGGUGGUGCGCGGCGGGGCGGCCGCGGAGGGCGCGCACCUGGCGGCGCUGUUCCUGCACUGCGCCGGCUACAGCGCCAUGUGCGGCCACGCCGUGAUGGCCCUCGGCCGCUUCGCCCUCGACUACGGGCUGGUGCCAGCGCCCACCCGCCCCGAGACCGCCGUCCGCCUGCGCUGCCCCUGCGGGCCCGUCACCGCCUUCGUGCCCUGGGACGGCCGCCGCAGCGGCAACCCCGUGCGCUUCCACAGCGUGCCCGCCUUCGCUGCCGCCACCGACUUGGCUGUUGAUGUCCCUGGCCAUGGGAAGGUGGUGGUUGACAUCGGCUACGGUGGCACCUUCUACGCCUUCCUCAGUGCCGAGCAGCUGGGCCUCGAUGUGUGCUCUUCAAAGACCAGAGACCUUGUCAGUGCAGCGAGUGCAGUGACAGAAGCGGUGAAGAAACAGUUCAAGCUUCAUCACCCUGAGAGUGAAGACCUGGCUUUCCUCUAUGGCACCAUACUGACGGAUGGGAAAGAUGCCUUUAGUGAGGAGCCCACCACCAACAUCUGUGUGUUUGCAGAUGAACAGGUUGACCGAAGUCCGACAGGUUCGGGGGUGACAGCUCGCAUUGCCUUGCAGUACCAUAAGGGACUCAUCCAGCUGGAGCAGACCAGAACCUUCCGGAGCAGCACCACGGGCUCCUUGUUCACUGGGAAGGCAGUGAAGGAGGCCAAGUUUGGGAACUACAACGCUGUCAUUGUGGAAGUCUCAGGAGAAGCCUUUUACACUGGCACAGCCACCUUCACAGUCGAAGAGGAGGACCCACUGAAACACGGCUUCUUCCUCAAGUGACCCGAGCCACGGGUGGUGGCAAAGCCUCAUUGAUGGUGCUGCGCUUCUCCUGCCCAUUAAUGUCUCUUUUGCUUCUCCACACAUUGCAACAGGAACAGCCUUGGGUGGUGUGACAGCAUUUGUCACAUUUCAGGAUAACAGGCUUGUUGCCCUGUUGUGAUUAGCAUAUUGGGUGCACUGUGAUUAGCAUAUACAAGCUGCUCUGAAAAGCUGUAGUAUUUCUCUUCUUUUUCUUCCCCAUAAUUCACAGAAAACUGAGCUGAUUUUGGAGAGCUGCCUUUGGAUUUAUGUGCCUUCUCUAUGUCUGCAAAUUAUGAAUUUCAAAGUUAGAUUUCUAUUAAAUGCCAGCUGAAAACUCUGCCAUUUUCCUUGU